CAUGGUGCAACAGCACCCUUCCACCCAUGUUCCCCAGCAACUGGUGCACACAGGCUUACUGCCUCGAAUACUGAAGAUAGUAUUUAUAACAUCUUUAUAAACAUGACGUACGUUAGUGACGAAGAAGAUGACCCAGAAGACAAGCCACAAGUGCUCCUGCAGCGGCUACAGGAACGCGCAAGAGCCCGGCAGCUGCAAAAAGAGCGAGAUGAACCCAUUUCUGCCACACUAAGGGGACCAGAGAAUGAAAUCUGUGGAUUGGACUCUGAGCAGGAAUCAGAGUUGGGAGACAAAAAGAGGAGAUCAAGUGAGGGGGCCCCGUUUGUGACAGGCCCUAGAAAGAGGAACAAGAGACGACGUGUCGAUGAGGACGAAAGCUUGUGUGAGGCAGGUGGUGGUCUUGGAGCGAACUCCAAAGUGCCCCAAGGAAGGACUGAAGCCAGGGAAGGAAGUGAAAGUAAGUCAGAGAGCCUUCUGGAAAACAGAGAUGCGGUCAUAGCAAGGGAGAGAGAAGACGUUGCCAGAGCAAAACAGAGUCAAGGCAGAGAGGAGCAGUUGAUGGAGCGAACUUCUAGCAUGAUGGUUCUUGGUCACUGCAAGCAAAAGGCUGUGCAGAAGGUUCAGCCUCUUCUGCCACAGUGGCUGGCUCAACCGAAGCUAGUCCAGAGGCGUAUCAAAGAGAACCUUCUCUCGCUCCAGGAUGUUCCAGUAAUCCACCCUAAAUUGAUGAAGAAACUGCAAGCAAAUGGAAUAGAAUCGUUGUUUCCAGUUCAGGCUGAGGUGAUUCCAAUCAUCUUGGAAAGCAUGUCCAGUGGAUUCUUGGCUGGCAGGGGUGGCUACCAGCCAAGUGAUAUCUGUGUCUCGGCCCCUACAGGCAGCGGAAAAACACUGGCCUUUAUCAUUCCUGUGGUACAGGCUCUGUUAGACCGAGUCAUCUGCCAGGUGCGGGCCCUGGCAGUCUUGCCCACCAAAGAGCUGGCACAGCAGGUGAGUAAAGUGUUCAACAUCUACACUGAUGGGACGGGGCUGAAAGUGGUGCAGCUUACUGGUCAGAAAUCUUUUGCGAAGGAGCAAGAGUCACUUGUUGAGAAAACGCUGACUGGAUUUCGCAGUCUGGCAGACAUUGUUGUGGCCACCCCUGGGCGGCUCGUAGACCAUCUCCAGCAGAGUCCCCAAUUCAGUCUGAGAGAGCUUCGCUUCCUGAUCAUUGAUGAAGCAGACCGCAUGAUGGAUGGCAUGCACCAGGACUGGCUGCAGCAGGUUGUGAAGGCUGCCUGCCAUGCUGAAGAGGACGCCUGUGCCCCCAGGCUGUUCAGGCGGGCAGAGCAGGGGCCACCCAUCACAGCAGCCAGGGCUUGCUCUCCCCGGCUCCCUCUGCAGAAGCUUCUCUUCUCAGCCACCCUGACUCGGAACCCUGAGAAGUUGCAGCAGCUCAGCCUCUACCAGCCUCGCCUCUUCAUGCCAGUCUCCUCUGAGGCCCAGCAAGGAUCUGAGAAGAAGUACACUCUCCCAGAGGGGCUCUCGCAGUACUACGUGCCCUGCAGCCUGAGCCGGAAGCCCCUGUUCCUCUUGCAUUUCCUGCUGAGGCUGAAAUUCUCCUGCGUGCUUUGCUUCACCAACAGCAAAGAGACGUCGCACAGGCUGUUCCUGCUGAUCCGAGCCUUUGGUGGAGUGAACGUGGCCGAGUUUUCUUCUAGGCUGAGUCCAAGCCAAAGGAAGCGGACGCUGAAGGAGUUUGAGCAGGGGAAGAUCCAGCUGUUGAUCAGCACGGACGCCACUGCUCGAGGGAUCGACAUUGGCGGAGUGAAAUGUGUCGUCAGCUAUGAUGCGCCUCAGUUCAUCCGGACCUAUAUUCACCGGGUGGGCCGGACAGCUCGUGCUGGGAGAGCAGGCUUGGCCUUCACCCUGCUCCUGAAACAGCAGGAGGGCAAAUUCUUGAGGAUGCUGAGGGAAGCUGCCCUUCCAAAGGUGGAGCAGCACCUGGUGAAGAGCCAGCAGAUCCAGCCUCUCCUCCAGCCGUAUGAGGAAGCAUUGGCUGAACUGCAGCACAUCGUUAAGGAGGAGCAAGCUGAGAAAAGGUCUUCAGGCAGCCAAAGGGGGUGGAUCCGCGUGCAGGCACGAGGUGGUGCUGUGAACAAGCAGGGGCUGGAACUUGGCCAGCAUCAUGAUUUGGACUCUGACCUCUCGAGCGCAUGACAAUCCUCAGCAGCUGCCAAUGUUUCAAGGGUCCUGAAGCAUCAAGGAGCGAGUGCAGCGUCCGCCUCUGAGCCAGCUGCCAGCCUGCAAGGGAACGCGGGGCAACUCCUUUGGACGGCGGCGGCCCUCUCCCAGGGAGCCUUGAACCCAACUUGGUUGGGCAGCAGCUACCAACGUCUCCUUUGAAAUGGCGCCUAAGUGCUUCUGCUUUGUUGCCUCAAACAGAGAUCAAAGGUCUCUCUCCGCCCAGGUUUGCCUCUUCCUGCACCAGGAGCUCUGUCUCCGCGAAGAAGAGGAGACUCUCAAACAUGUUGAAAUAAAAAUAUGGCUUCUGUG